AUGUGGAUUAUAUGGCAGUGUAGAAGGGGCCUGAGGGGACACCUACACUAACCAGUGUUUCUCACCGUGGUGUGGGGGACAUGGAAAGAGCCUCCCCGAAGAUUGAGUGAAUUCAGUCGGGCGUCCCCUGGGCAAUGUUUCUUGUAAGCGGCCGAUCUUUCCACCCCAAAAGCAUUGGAUGAAUGGAUGAAUACCAAAGGUCUUUAUCAAGACCAUUGCUAACGAUUAUGUCUAUUAAUAUAGAAGGUUUGUCACUUGCUAAGGAAGAACUAUUAGCCAAAAUGUCUGAGGACAUCUCGUGUGACAUCCUAUGUAUACAGGAAAUACACAGAGACAUUACAAUGAGAAGACCAAAAAUUCUUGGAAUGCAGCUGGCAGUGGAACGACCUCACAGACAAUAUGGCAGUGCCAUUUUUGUACGAUCUGGUGUAGCAAUCUCUGCAACUUCCCUCACAGAAGUGAACAACAUUGAAAUCUUAUCUGUGGAACUUGAUAGUUGCACCGUAUCAUCACUCUAUAAACCACCUGGGGCUGAUUUCUAUUUUACACCCCCAACCAGUUGCCACAAUCAUGAAGCCCAUUUUGUUGUGGGAGAUUUCAAUAGCCACAGCUGUGUCUGGGGCUAUGACGAAGAUGAUAGAAAUGGCGAAGCAGUUCUAACGUGGGCCGACAAUAGUAGAAUGAGCCUCCUUCAUGACAGUAAAUUACCACCAUCAUUUAAUAGUGGCCAAUGGAAGCGUGGUUAUAACCCUGAUCUGAUUUUUGUAAAGGAAAGCAUAAGCCACCAAUGCACCAAAAGGGUAUUAAACCCAAUACCUAACACACAACACAGACCAAUAUGCUGCGUAGCAUAUGCAGCUGUAAGACCGAAAAGUAUCCCAUUCCGCAGAAGAUAUAACUUCAAUAAAGCUAACUGGACAAAGUUUACAGAGACCUUGGAAGCUGCUAUUUCUGAUAUAGAACCUUCUAUAGAAAAUUAUGACCUGUUCGUAGAAGCUGUGAAAAGAUCCUCAAGGCUCUCAAUCCCUAGAGUCUGUCGCACAAGCUACCUACCAGGCCUAAAUGAAGAAUCACUAAAUCAGCUACAAGAAUAUCUCAGAUUAUUUCAAGAAAACCCAUACAGUGAUGGGACUAUAGCAGCAGGCCAAAAACUAUCUACAGCCUUAGCUAAUGCUAAGAAAGACCGUUGGAUAGAGCUGCUUGAGAACCUGGACAUGUCCAAGAGUAGCCGAAAAGCCUGGCAAUUGCUGAGACGCCUGGAUAGUGACCCUCUGGUCAACCCUGGACACGCGAACGUGACACCAGAUCAGAUAGCUCACCAGGUAAUUCAGAAUGGGAAAACCAACUGCAGCAGAAUAAAGAUAAAAAUCAACAGGGUGCCAGAACUUGAAACCCACCAGUUGUCUUCUCCUCUAAACCUGAAAGAACUCAGAGAAGCCAUCAAGCGAUGUAAGACUGGUAAAGCACCUGGCCUAGAUGACCUGAUGAUGGAGCAAAUCAAGCACUUGGGGGCCAAAGCUGAAAACUGGCUUUUGAAAUUCUACAAUCAAUGCCUGGCACACAAACAGAUUCCCAGAGCAUGGAGGAAAACUAAGAUAAUUGCCAUCUCGCAGAAGCAGAGGAAGCAGGAGGACAUUUUUGCUCCCUGGCUUCAGGUAGGAUUUGGCUAAGAUUUGGCUAAGAUUUUAAACUGAGUUUGGGCUUGGCUCCUGUGGUCAAAGUCUAACUGUUGUGUGACUGUUGUGUUGAAAGAGAGCCAGGUACUUAAGUUGAUUGACAGCAGGCAUUGUCCCCUGUUAAUUGAGUUUCUGGGAAAGCUUUAUUUGCCAGUGUGAGUUUCUGCCAGAGCCUGAUCCCAGAAGGGCAGUUGGUUCUCGCAGAAGCAGAGGAAGCAGGAGGACAUUUUUGCUCCCUGGCUUCAGGUAGGAUUUGGCUAAGAUUUGGCUAAGAUUUUAAACUGAGUUUGGGCUUGGCUCCUGUGGUCAAAGUCUAACUGUUGUGUGACUGUUGUGUUGAAAGAGAGCCAGGUACUUAAGUUGAUUGACAGCAGGCAUUGUCCCCUGUUAAUUGAGUUUCUGGGAAAGCUUUAUUUGCCAGUGUGAGUUUCUGCCAGAGCCUGAUCCCAGAAGGGCAGUUGGUUCUCGCAGAAGCAGAGGAAGCAGGAGGACAUUUUUGCUCCCUGGCUUCAGGUAGGAUUUGGCUAAGAUUUGGCUAAGAUUUUAAACUGAGUUUGGGCUUGGCUCCUGUGGUCAAAGUCUAACUGUUGUGUGACUGUUGUGUUGAAAGAGAGCCAGGUACUUAAGUUGAUUGACAGCAGGCAUUGUCCCCUGUUAAUUGAGUUUCUGGGAAAGCUUUAUUUGCCAGUGUGAGUUUCUGCCAGAGCCUGAUCCCAGAAGGGCAGUUGGCUCUGGCAGAAACUCACACUGGCAAAUAAAGCUUUCCCAGAAACUCAAUUAACAGGGGACAAUGCCUGCUGUCAAUCAACUUAAGUACCUGGCUCUCUUUCAACACACAGUCACACAACAGUUAGACUUUGACCACAGGAGCCAAGCCCAAACUCAGUUUAAAAUCUUAGCCAAAUCUUAGCCAAAUCCUACCUGAAGCCAGGGAGCAAAAAUGUCCUCCUGCUUCCUCUGCUUCUGCGAGA